AUGGCUCAGAAUCUAAAUGUCACUCCGGAUGUACAAAUCGAGCCGCUAUUCCGGCAGGCUUUUAAUUAUGCCGACAAAUCCAACACCCUGAGGCUAGAAGACUGGCUCUCUAUCCUGACGCUCUGUCUGUCUCCAUUGAUUGCCCACGUUCUUUCGGGUGUUCCGACCGUCGUACGACGAUGCCCGAGUCCCCCGACGUGGCUCGACACGCUUUGCCUAUACAACCCCACCACUAUCCUAUGGAGAUACCUCGCUAUCGUGGAUCGCCGCGUGAGGUACCGACAUCACUGGGAUGCAGCGGACAUGGCAGCCACGAAUGCGCUGUUUUGGACGUCACACGGCUUCGAUGGUUCCGAAGACAUGAUGAGGCAAAGCCGAACCUUCUGCACGCGGAUCCCACAUCAUCACCGCACGGAGGUCUGGUCAAUAGAUUCCAUUAAGACUGUCAUCAUCACCCUGCAGGGUAUUCAAGCCCUCGUCGUUUUGGUUCGUGGUGUCAUGGCGUUAGCCAAUAUUGGCAAUCAACCGUUCAACGCAACCAUCUCUAUGAGUACUAUUUUUUACCCCCUUGCUGUCCUUGGUCUGCUUCGGCUGUUCGCUGCUCCCUGGUUGACCGAAAAUUAUACCUACAACGAGCAUGAAACGUACGAGAGCAGCAGGAUCUUGGCGCAGCAUAUCAUGCACAUCCCUUCUUCGGAUGGCGCUUCCUAUGCCGCCGUGCGCACCAGCCCUGACACCAAAAAUGCACCGCCCUCAAACACAUCACUGUUACCCAGAAGCUCGAUGGCAAUGCGUGAUCCGUCGCCCGAUGUUUAUGCGCGUCCCAAGGGAUUCCAUCUCCCCGCUCAGGCUGUCGCCGUGGCCGUCCGUUGCUGCUAUCUUGGCCUAAUGACUGCCAUCCUGGCCAUCUGUGUGUGCUAUAUGAUCCCUUACAACGGGGCGCUGAUGAUAUUGACCCAGCCCGCGUCCUCGUCCGUCCUUUGGCUGCUUAUCGUGAUGUAUAUUGUGUUCAUUCUCGUAUCGAUCAUCCUAUUUGUCACUUAUCUCAUCCGGUGCGGCCGGGACACAACAACUGUUAUCCCAUGUCUUCGUACAUGGUGGUACCGGGCAUACACGCUGAUCUUCAUCACCGCAGCAAUUGCGUUGAUCGUUCUUUCCGGGGUCUACACACGGCGAACAUCGUGCGGGCAGCUGACGGUUUUUCCAGCCGAGUUCGACCAGGAGGUGUGCAAUGGAACACCCAUGCAAGUGGACAAGGGUAUCGGGCCGUUUGGGAUAGUCACCCAAGCGCCAGGCCUCACACCGGAGACUUGGAUCUUACCGCUGGAGGGAUGGUGCUCUGGAACCUUGACAGGCGAGAUUUUGCCAGUCGUAUCUGUGUCAUGA